UUUUCGUCUUUUUUUUUUACUAAUUUCUCUCUCUCUCUCUUUCUCUCUCUCUCUCUCACGCACACACAUACAAGCAUUCUCUCUUUCUUUCCGUCUUUUCCUUUUUUUUCUUCUCUUUUGUUGACAAGAGAAAAAGAGAGAGAGAGAAAGACGAAAGGGAGUAACAUUGGUCACGUCGAAACAGUGAUUCAUCGGUUCUCUAUCUCUUUCUCUCCCUUGUGAUCCUUUCAAAGUUAACGAGCUAUCUUCUCGUCUUUCGUUUUUAUCCUCGAUCUUGAAGCUUUCUACGAAUUCAUAGGAAUCGUUAAUAACGAGGAUCCUGACUCUCUCUUUCUCUCCUGUACAGUCAUCUUAUAUUUUCGACACGGAUUUCCUGUACUCUCUCUUUCUCUCUCUCCCUCUCUCUGAUUCUCCAUGGAAUUCUUCGACCUUCGUCGUUUUUAUAGAAAGGAACAUUCGUGAAAUAGAUCAUCAGGAAUAUGCGCAACACCUUGAAAGUAACGAAAGCCCCCGGCGAAGACACGAGAACAACGACGAAGCUAUCGGCCUUCCCCCUUUCCUCCUUCUCCUCCUCGUUCUCCUCCUCCCUUGUACAAGAAGGAAGGGCUGUCACAUUGCCGGGACACGAGUGAACCAUGUUCCAGGAAAGCUCGUGGCAUCUCGAGGAUUUCGAUUAUGAGCUAACGGACAAAGUGACUUGGUGCGGUUCCGCGAGAUAGACCUUAGCUUCUUCUUUGGCGGAUACGUUUAUACACGUAUAUGUAGCGGUGAACCAGCAUACGUCUACGACCGAAGAUAUCUACGGAAGUACUGUGAUCCUGUCUGCAGGGAUACGCGGUCCAUAUCCGGCCCGCCAUCUUGGCGGCAUGGUCCUUUGGGCCAGUAUACUAUUCCUGCAGGGAGCUGGGUUCGCGGGCUCGAUGACGAGCGGUAUUCCGGGAGUUCCGGAAAACAUAACGGUGAUGUUCCUAAACCCGACAUCCGUCCGUGUUUCUUGGAGCACCAGCCAGGUCGAGCAAGUUGAAAAGUACGACGUUACGUAUAAACCAACGGACGCCAGUUACAGGGUGGUGGCGGUGGUCGCAGGAAAUAGCGAAGCAGUUACGUUAAGCGGUCUAAGGGCCGACACGCAGUACCAACUAGUAGUCACUGCUGUGAGAGCAGGCAAAAAGUAUAGAAGUCGACCAAUCGUCUUCCGUACGCUCGAACCUCCGCGGACCUUUCCCCAGCAGGAUGCAGCAGUAACGAAUGGACCACUUCCUCCGUCUCCGCCGUCUUCUCAACAACCGCAAGCUUACAUACAAAUACGAGGCGUCGAAGUUGGCAUAGUUAUACUGGUGCUGAUAGUCUGGGCCGGUGCUAUAGCUCUCUUCUUCAAUCGUUGGGGUAAAAUUCGCAUGUUGUUGCCGUAUCAACCGGAUUACAAGGAACAAUUGAAAGUUCCUGGUACCGGCGUUUGUACGGCGACCAAUACGGCGUAUCCUCAACAUUCGACACAGCACACGUGUUCCCAGCAUCAGCACUGGUCGAACCAUCACGUGGAUUCUUUGGACAGUGGCAGUGGUUUAGGUUGGCCAAGACCGACAAGGCCACGUGUCAAUAGUGCCAUCGACGUCGCUGGCUUCCUUUCACAGGAAUUUCUCCGACGACAUGGGUCCACGUCAAAGUUAUGUCGAAAGGUUCGCAGUGCAGAUAAUUUGCCAUUGGCCUCGGCGAAUCGCCAAGCUCAUCAACGAAGAAGUUCAAGAAGCGAGGGAAACGAAGGAGAUCGAGAAUCUUUUUUGAAACCUAGUCAAGAAGAUCAAGAAAGAUAUGAAAUUGCGAGCCCGAAAAGGCAAGGCAGUCCUGAAAGUGGUUCCAAAGAUCUCACCGAGACGUCUUUGUUGGACUCGAAUUAUCAGCAACCAUCGUCGAGGGACUCGCCGGUACCACCGCCGACGACGACAUCAUUGGUAGCAAAACGAUUCAGUGGUUGGCGCGUACCAGGAAGUCACGAUUACGCCAAAUGUCCUAUUCAACAGCCGGUCUCGAUGGACGAACGGUGUUAUCGACGAUCGUGCGAGCCAGAAAGCGGUCUUUUGUCGAGGCAUCAUCAUCAUCGGCAUCACCAUCAUCAUCGUCUCGAUGGCGAACACUAUUCGAAGAGUUACGAUUAUACCAGACGUACUCCAGAAUCUAGCAUAGACGUGAAACAUUUUGGACUGCCGAUUUUGAGCGUGAGCGAGCCCAGCCCACCGGAUGAGGAUGGUCGAGUCGACGAUUAUUUGUAGGACUUGCUUGCCGAGGAUUUCCUCAAGGAACUCCUCGUAUGAUACCACCAUUUCUUUCUAUUUCUCUCUCUUUCUUCGUGUCUCUUUCUAUAUACCUUAAGUGAGCAACCUGUUAUUACACGCGUAGCCACAAAUAUAAUAUCGUUUGAAAUGAUAAAUGGCUGUAAGUAAAUAUGUAUCGAUGCAAAUAUAAUUUCACGCGAAAUAAUGAAAACAAUGAGGGGUUAUAAAAUUAAAAAAAAAGUAUUCCAACUAAUUCGAUUAUAUUGAAUGAAGUAAAAAUUAUAGGUAUUAGAAGAAACGUUUAAACAAAGGAAAUAUUUAUAACAAUUUUUUCGAAAUAAUCUACGAUCUAAUUAACGAUAUCUAAUAACAAGGCUGCUCGUCUCUAUAUUAUAUGUAUAUUUCUCUUGAUUUCUUCAUUACUGAAAACACGACCGUGUUUUUCCUGAUCAAAUUUAACGUUCUCGCUUUGAAGAUAAAAAAGAAUCGAUUUUUCCUAAGAAAUGAUAACGAAGUAUACGAUCGAUUCGUCUUGAUUAGGAUUUCAAGAACGUUAGGUUGAUCUGUCUGAUGAACCGUUCGUGUCUGUUUGAGAUACCAUAAGUAAUUAGGACAAAUAUUCAAAACAAACUUGACACCGUGUUUUCGUCAUCGUGGAAAAAACAUGAAAGAAUAUAUAUAUAUAAUAUAUAUAUAUAUUAUUAUUAUACGAAAAAUUAAUAUAUAAUUAUAAAACUUCAAAAAAAGAAGCCAAGAGAGUACUUCUCGUAAUUCAUUCGAGUUUAACUAAAAAAUAAUUUUGUCCACGAGGAGAAAACACCAUAACCGUUUUUCGAUUAAAAAAAAAAGUAGUAUCGCACGACAACGACGACGGACGAAACGUCCAAUCGCAUCGCUUUCAUUCGAAGAUAAAAAAAUGAAUUUUAUUCUUCGGAAAUAAAAAAAAGAGAGAAGAAAUGUGGGAAGAGAGUCUCAUUUCCGCGAGAUGAUAAUUAAGGGACCAUGAUCGGUCGAAUCGAAUUGUACACAUAUUAACUUAUAGACGUAUCGUACUACGAUUAAAAUAUAUAUCACUUCGAGAUAUGAUAUCGAGAAAAAGAAGAAAAAAAACAUAAGAAAUAUAAAGGAAUGUUACGACAAUUCUCCAAUCUGAAUCGUGUAUGUUAAUAUAUAAAGAAAGGUACAUAAUACGUAUAUACAUAUGUACAAGAUGAAUCGUGAAACGUGAAUAUCUUAACUUAUUUUAUUAUUAAUUUAAUAUGUUUUUAUAUCACCAUUGAGAAAAAUCGAAAUUUGAGAGAGAGAGAGAGAGAGAGAGAGACGAGGAUUUAUAAGACAUUUAUUUUCAAUAACUUAUGAAGAAUUGUUGGAUAAAUUAAUUUGAAUAAAUUCAUAAUCCCUCCCUCUCUCUCUCUCUCUCUUUCUCGUAAAAUUUGUUAAUUAUUUUAUUUGAAAAAUUUACUCGAAGGACAAUUUAUAAAACAUUAAUUGAAAUAAGUCAUGAAAUUAUUUAGAAAAUUUAUUUAAAUAUUUCCCUACCUUGACACUCAAAAAACGUUGUCUCAGUAAUUCGAUAUGACAAAUUAAUGUUCAAAGAAUAAAAUCUCGAUCGAUCGAUCAUCGAUCAAAUGGUCACGUGACACGACUCACUCGUUUGUUUGUAUACACAUGAAUACGACAAGUACAUUUGUAUAUGUGUUAUAUAUAUGCGUACGAUCUUGCAAAAUAACGAGAAGCGUGUGCUAAAAGCUUCGUCGCGACGUGUCCUUGGAUUCCUUGAUUGCAAAUCGAUCGCGACGACUUAUCAGAAUUCGUUAUUACGUUGGAACGACGCGAGGAUACUAUCGAACGCUAUGGUGCGUGCGUGCGUGCGUGCGUGUGUGUGUGUGUGUGCAUGCGUGAUGUGUAUCUGUAUCCUACGUACGCGCGUUAUAUUCGUUUCAUUGCAAUGAAAAAAAAGACGAGAUAAUUGAUUUCCUUUUUAACGAAUAACAAAAAGCUGCCUCGGCAUAAUUCGCACAUGCAUUUUUCAUAUUUAAAAAUCAUAUCUUACUAUCUGCAAAACGACGUUUAUCCCCGACCAAAAAAUGAUCUAAUCGCUUUUCGAUCGUGCCCUUGAAAUAUUUUUUAUUCGAGUUGAACGAUGUAAAAAUAUCACAUUUUUAAUUAAUUUAAUCGUUGACAUACGUGUACUGUGUAUAUAUAUAUAUCUAAUUUUCGAUUUGAUCUUUUUGUUCAAGAACCAAGCUGAUAAAAGAAAAGGAUAAAAUUUUGUAGAAACUUUCCAACAAAUGAUCGUAUCAUAAUUAUAAUUGUCUUUCCAGACAAUUAAGCGAUACGUAAGAACGAUAAAGAAAAGUCGAAAGAAGGCGGGAAAGUACGUACGCGUAUCGAUUUCUUUGUAAAAAAAUAUCCGCAAGUGCGUUUCAUCGUUUAAACGAGUCAAUUACGUCCAUAUCCUUUGCAUAGAACAUAGAACAUUAGGAUUAUUGUAGGUUUCUAAUCGUAGCUCUCUAUAUAUAUAUAUGUAUAUUAGUAAAUUAAAUUAAAUAAGAAAAAUGGUCCUAACUUUCCUAACUUCUUGAAAGGAUUUCGAAAGUUUCUUCAAAAUUGUUCUCUCAUUUCUAUUUAUUAAAAGAUCAGUGAUUAGAGAUAUGAAUUAGUUUUAAAUUGGAAGUAUAAGUAAAUACGUGAUUAUACCGUGGGGACCAAUGAAGAAAACGAUUGAACGUCCAUUACUAACAUCGAUAUUUACUUGUAAUAAAAAGUAAAACAAAAAAAAACACGAAAGAAUAGGUCCCCUUUUUAUGGAUCCUUUUCAAUGAAGCCCGCGAAAUAAAAAACGGAUUGUAAUUAUCCUAAAUAUGUCUGAACCGUUCUUUCUAUGAUAUUAACCGCAAGAGAGGGAACAGGAUUGAAUUCUGUUUAAGAACGAUUGGCAAACAUUUGUUUCGAGAGAACUCGAUCGAUUUCGAAUAAUGAUAAUAACAUCACGAGCUUUUCGCCUAAUCUUAAUCGUUGCACGUACGCACGUAUUCGUUUAUGUGUAAAUAUCAUCCCUAUAUAAGAAACAUUCUUUUUAUAAAUGAUUUAACGGGAAAGAAAUCGAGACAGUGGUUCUCAACGAACGAUUUAUUCUGACAUUACGUUGCUCUAAUAACUAGUUGAUAUAUCGAAUAUCAUAAUCCCUUCCACGUGUAUUCUAUUACCCAUAUAUCCGAUAUGACAUUGCAUAGCAUUUAUAAAGAUAAAUCGAUAGUAUAACCUUAACUCGAACCAUCGAGAGUUCUCGUACACGUUAUUCUCGUUAUUUCGCUCAUUGAUCCAUUAUAAUAUGUAGAUAGAUUUAAGACGAUUCGAACGUUCCUUCGGACCAUCGGUGUAAUUCAUUGUCAACGACCAAAUUAGAAUAUUUUCUUCUAUUUUUCUUUUUCUCUAUUUCUCUCCUUCAGUGACACAGUUACCUCAUACAAUUCCCCUUAUUAAAUAUACAGGGUAAUUCGCUGAUGUUUACGAGAAAUUAUUUCAUUGAUAAAAUUUCAAUUGUAUCGUAAAGAAAUUUUCUUUUUUCGGAUUUUCACUUUUAUCGGAUUGUGCGAACAAAGUUGAGAACCAUCGAUAACUUCAUUCAUUUGAUUUCAUUGAUAAAAAAAAUCUCGAUCGAAAAUAACAUAUGUUUAUCUUCGUACGAUAAUCGAUAUCAAUGAUCGUAUUUCCAGCUGAUAGGUUAUGCCGAAAUUCAAUGGCUUCUCAAUUCACAUAGUUUCAUUGAUAAAAAUUACUUAAAAAUCUCGAUUCGAGACAAUAUGCGUUUAUUUCUGUACGAUCUUCGAUAAUCGAUAUCAAUCGAUAAUAGGUUAUGUUCGAUACAGCGAUACACAUGAAUGCACGUGUACGAAUCCUUGAUGGAAUAUAUAAAGUAUACAAAUUAAAAACAUAUUUCUAUAUAACCUUUGACGAAUUACCCUGUAUAUAUAUAUAUAUAUAUAUAUACAUAUAAUAUACAUGUAAGUCUGUUAACAAAAUGUAUGUACACAUCCAGAACCAGCGGUGCAUUACCGCCUUAGAUGUAAUUUAAAAGCGCGCUUAGCUGCAAAUAGUUUACGAGUAAAUUUAAACGUAAAUCAUAUAAUUGUGUGUACGUAUGUAUAUAUGUGUGUGUACGUAUGUCUGUGUUAAGCGAUCAAGCAACGACAUCGUGGAAAAGGUUAUCGUUUUUCAAAUAUUAUUUAUAAUAUAUUUUAAUCAACAAAUUUUUCAUUCUUUUUUACACUUAUUUAAAAAUGUAUUAAUUUCGAGUAAGUCAAGAUAAACAAAUAUCAGCGUUAUUAUUUAAACACCAAAGUUUCUAAACUAUAUCGAAAGUCAAAGAUGUUAUUAUUAUUGAUAUUAUUUUAUUAUCCUUUGAAACGUACAGACGAAAUGUGAAAUGUGCGUAUAAUACGUCCAAAGAGAUUUUUGUGCAACGAAAUUAGUCACUUACGAAGAUGAGAAGUUGUUUCAUUGAAGAUAUUGGCAUUUGCAUUGUCUUACCUCAAGUCUGCUAUGAAUAUAAUAGUAUGAAAAAUAUUCGUUUCAAUGCAAUAUAUAUUUUACUGGUCAUGGAUUAAGAUCAUUAUGGAAAAAAAAAUAACAAAAGAAAGGUAAUAGAAAACAGAAUUAUAGCUUUAAGCAAUGAGACCAAAAUAAGUAAUGAUGAAACCUUAUUCUCUUAUAUGGAAAGGCAAUCUUAAGACAGUCGAUUUAAGAGCGAUUUUACAAAAAGAAGAAAUAAUAAUAAUAAUAAUAACUAAUUUUAUAAUAUUAUUUUUGUCUCCUGUAUAUAAAUAAAUGUCACUAACUCAGAAUUAUUAUAAUAAUACUGAUCUAUAAAAUAUAUUGAUGCUAUGUCAUUCAGUCAAUUUAA